GAUAGUCCUCCGCGUUGUUGGUGAGAGGAGUCCUCUUGGUCUGCAGUCAUAUGGCAUUUUUGGCGCACACACACACACACACACACACACACACACACACACACACACACACACACACACACACACACACACUGGUCUGCGUUUGCCUUUUACCCCCGCGGUCUCUGGAUCUUUCCUACAGUAUAUGAUCCCUCAACAGACUCAAAGUCAUAAACCUGAUUAGGCGUCAAGUGGGCCUGUGUUGUUUUAGAAAGAGCAGAUUUUGAAACAAUUGCAUAUGCAGUAUUAGAGUGUGCUGCUGGUGUACAACAGCAACAUCUGCAACAUGUAUGCAAUGCAACACACACACGCGCUGUAAUAGGGGGGAAAUCAUUCACCUCGACUCAACAAACAACCUCUCACCCCCCUUAAGGUUUUGUGGCACAUUAAGCGCCUGCAUUUAAUGUUGUGUUUGACUGACCAAUUGUUUAUGGUCCGUGUCUGCCUUUUACCCCCGGUCUCUGGCUCUUUCCUAUAUGAUCGCUCAACAGACUCAAAGUCAUAAACCAGACUAGGCAUCAAGUGGGCCUGCGUUGUUUUAGAAAGAACAGAUUUUGAAACAGGGAUCUCGCAUAUGUAGUAUUAGAGUGUGCUGCUGGUGUACAACAACAACAACAUCUGCAGCAUGUAUGCAAUGCAACACACACACACACACACACACACACACACACACACACACACACACACACACACACACACGCUGUAAUAGGGGGGAAAUCAUUCAACUCAACUCAACCCCCUUAAGGUUCUGUCGCACAUUAAGCGCCGACAUUUAAUGUUGUGUUUGAUCAGCCGAUUAUUUAUGGUCAGCGUCUGCUUUUUAAUCUAUCUGAUCCCACAACCCCUAAAGUCAGAAAGCUAAUGCAUCACGUCUUUGAAACUCGUUGUCCCAUCCCUUCUGAUAGCAUGGCACCCUCGCAUGCAGGAGUGAGAAUGUAAACAUCUUCACCCCCAGUGCAAUAAGGCGAUUCCACCAGGCGCCGGGAGAACGGUUAAAAAACACAGCGUUAUAAUACCGAUCGAAGCAUGAUUAUACAAAAAUACCGCUUUAACCCGUUACACCACAGGAGUGUUCAGGGGAGCCCUCCUUGGAAAUAUUCCCCUUAAGGUUCUGUCGCACAUUAAGCGCCGACAUUUAAUGUUGUGUUUGAUCGUCCGAUUAUUUAUGGUCAGCGUCUGCUUUUUACCCUAUCUGAUCCCACAACCCCUAAAGUCAUAAAGCUAAUGCAUCACAUCCUUGAAACUCGGUGUCCCAACAAUUCCAACUGCAGUAUAGGCACCAGGUGGCUCAACAAGCGUUCAACGCCUUCCCGACCGGAGAGGCCCUUAGAUUCAUCGGUCGGUUAUUACAUAAUAUGAGCCGAUCAACAUUUGAGCGUGCUGACCAUAACGGCUGUUUUAUUUUUUCUGAAAAAAGACGCUGAGAUCCAUCAGCCGCCACGGAACGAUCACAGUCUCGACGACGACGCGCUUCUGGAGGUGUCACCGGACCCCGGAGAGAUAUUUACUGCCGGCGAGUGCGUCGUCAAUGCGCCGCCACCCACCCCGGAGCCGCCGCAGCAGCCACAAGAACAACAACAGCGAGAACCGCGGAGCCCCGAAGAGGAGUGUCUAAUCGGUGAGCUGGAACACGUGCUGUCCAGACAGCCGAGCGUGGAGCCUUCAAGCGUGGAGUCUGAUGAUGAAUGAUUUGCUCCGCACGCUGAUGUGAAAACUGUGCUGGAAUGUCACUCAUUUGAAUAUUAAACAACAAGAUGGCUGAUGAAAACUCUGAUCUCAAUGAUUUACAAGCCGAAUUAGAGGAUGUGUUAACUUUGAUAUCCAAUGGCCAAAGAGGGUUUCAGGGUGUGAACAUAACCACCAAGCAUUUUGAUCGGUUGGAUGAAUUGGUCAAUCAUUUGGUGGCAAGAGUCGGAAGUGUGUCUCCGGUCUACUCCCCGAAUCGCGACUAUGACUUUCCUAGCGGGGGUGAUGAGUAUGUUUCUGAUUUUGAUCGAUUAGAACAGUCUGUAAACCUCUUCAUUGACUGCGAAAUCCCAGCCAGAGAAAUAAUGAACUCCCGUCAGAGGAGGGCGCACCCGAGUGCGGAGACAAUGAUGAUGCUAUGGAAGGAGCUCCUUCGAGCAGAGACGGCAACCCGGAAGCACCCCCCGACAGACCCCCGACGCACAACGCGGCGCAGAGGGGAAGCGGGGCCUCCGAUGAAACCAGGAUUGUAACCAGAAACAGUUUCAAUAACUUUGAAAUAAGACGACUGCUUAAUAUCGGGCAGACGGACGAGGUUGAUUACCGACACUUAUACGGGACUGUUAUGGGGAAUGUUGCCGAGAUGGUGCAGCAGGCUUUAAAUCAGACUCAGCAAGGCGACGUUAUCCAGCUCAAGCUCAGGGGGGACAUGCUGCGAUCACAAGCGGCCGCUGUUGUGUCAGUCGCGGACGGCGGGGAUUUUUCCCAAUUUCAGGACCUGCUGGACGGCGCUGUUCAGUCCAAUAUGGAAGUGUUGACGGACGGCAGCUUGGAGCUGGUGAUUCAGGUGGUGCGCAACCCCCAAGGGGGUGGUAAAAGGCUGUUGGCAAAGACCCUAGACUGCAAAAUUGUUCAAAAGAAGCAGAGGUUCAUGUAUAUUGUAAACAAUCGGAAUAAUGAGCUCUGUUUUGCCAUCAACCUGGCGCAUCUGCUCUAUCCAGGAAUCACAGACGCCGAGGCUGAAAGGAGGGGGAGCGAACUUCAGCAACGGGCCGGUUUAACCGCGCAGACACCGGUGUGUUUCACGGACGUGGAGAAGUUUGAAGAGCUUGUUCAGCGUCGGAUUGUAAUCUUUUACAGAACAGAUUUGAAGCGCCUCAACACGUUUCACACUGCAAAGCAACGGCCUGGUAAACCUUUAUACAUGUUUCUUUUCGAGAAUCAUUAUUACGGUCUAAAGAACGCCUGCGCUUUCAUAGGAAUGAAAUAUUUGUGCAGUCAUUGCUACACCGGUUAUGAUGGGUUGCUGAAUCAUAAAUGCGAGGGGCGUUGUAACGUGUGUCUUGAUGCUGCGUGCGCGGCCACGCGUCCCGCAUAGUGUGUGAAUAUUGCAACCGCUGGUGUGCCUCAGCCUUUUGUCUUGCAAAACACAGGGAGAAGGUGUGGCGCCCCGUGGCUCAGAAGCACGCGAGCAUUUGUGACAUGCACAAGAAACGUCACCGCUGCGGGCUCUUGUAUUACGUCUCACUAAUUAAAAUACCAAAGCCGCACAAAUGUCCGGACGUUAAAUGCUGCAUCUGUGGUGGGGUCAAAUAUGCAGGGGCAACCGAGCCUCACCGGUGCUACAUACAAAGUCUACCGACUCCUGAAACCACCACAGACGUUAUUCCAAAUAAGAAGUUGUUGUUCUAUGACUUUGAGACGUAUCCCGAUGAGAAUGGCACGCACGUGCCCUUUUACGUCUGUGUGAUGAGGGGCAAUAAUAGCAGCCCGUGGGGUUGUUACGGGCCCGACUGCGCCGUAAAGGCGCUACAGGGCUAAAAAGUACAAAGAUUCCGUGUUUUUGGCUCACAAUUCGAAAGGUUUUGACGGGCAUAUUCUUUUGAGCGCCAUGGUGUCGCUGGGGAUUAGCCCUCACGUUGUAAUGCAGGGGUCUAAACUGGUAUUGUUCACAGAGCCUCAUUAUAAUCUCAAAUUUAUAGAUUCCAUGAGCUUUCUACCUUUCCCUUUGGCCUCCCUGCCAAAAGCUCUGGGCUUUGAGGAUGCUGAAAAGGGUCACUUCCCUCACAAGUUCAGCUCUAAGGAGAAUCUGAAUUAUGUUGGCCCAUACCCAGCUCCUGAAUAUUACGGUUGUCAGCAAAUGACUCCAAAGAAACGCGAGGAUUUCAUGGCGUGGUACACCCUAGUCUCCGGCGGGACGUUUAAUUUUAAAGCGGAGGCAAAGCGCUACUGCCAAAAUGACACAGAGAUUCUCAUGAAAGCGUGCUUUGCAUUCAGAGUGUUUUGUGAACGAGACGGCUCUAGACCCUUUUAAGCGAGCAACCAUCGCCUCCGCGUGUAUGUUUGUUUUCAGAACAUGUUUUCUUAAAGAAAACACUCUCGCCAUUCCCUGUCCGUACGACUACAAGUAUAGGUGCAAGCGCUUUGCAAAAACGCUUGCGUGCAGUGGUUAGAAUG